CCCCGCCCCGCCGCGGAGUGGACAGCGCCGGGGGUGGACCCCCGCCCCUCGCCGACAGCCCGACUUUGUGUCUCCCUGGUCUCAACUCACCAUGAGCUGGUCGCCUUCCCUGCCAACCCAGACAUGUGGGAACUGGGAGAUGAAGGAGCGCCUGGGCACGGGGGGCUUUGGCAACGUCAUCCGCUGGCACAAUCAGGAAACGGGGGAGCAGCUUGCCAUCAAGCAGUGCCGGCAGGAGCUGAGUCCCCGGAACCGUGAGCGCUGGUGUCUGGAGAUCCAGAUCAUGCGAAGGCUCAACCACCCCAAUGUGGUGGCUGCCCGGGAUGUCCCUGAGGGGAUGCAGAAUUUGGCCCCCAACGACCUGCCCCUGCUGGCCAUGGAGUACUGCCAAGGAGGAGAUCUCCGGAAGUACCUGAACCAGUUCGAGAACUGCUGUGGCCUCCGGGAAGGCGCCAUCCUCACCCUGCUGAGCGACAUUGCCUCUGCACUUAGAUACCUUCACGAAAAUAGGAUCAUCCAUCGGGAUCUGAAGCCAGAGAAUAUUGUCCUGCAGCAAGGAGAGCAAAGAUUAAUACACAAAAUUAUUGACCUGGGAUAUGCCAAAGAACUGGAUCAGGGCAGUCUCUGCACCUCGUUUGUGGGAACGCUGCAGUACCUGGCCCCAGAGCUGCUGGAGCAACUGAAGUAUACCGUGACUGUGGACUACUGGAGCUUCGGCACCCUGGCCUUCGAGUGCAUCACGGGCUUCCGGCCCUUCCUGCCCAACUGGCAGCCUGUGCAGUGGCACUCUAAAGUCCGGCAGAAGAGUGAGAUGGACAUUGUUGUCAGUGAAGACCUUACUGGAACCGUGAAGUUCUCCAGCUCCCUGCCCCACCCCAAUAACCUCAACAGUGUCUUGGCACGACGCCUGGAGAAGUGGCUGCAGCUGAUGCUGAUGUGGCACCCCCGACAGAGGGGCACUGAUCCCUGCUACGGGCCCAACGGCUGCUUCAAGGCCCUUGAUGACAUCUUAAACUUGAAGCUGGUGCACAUCUUGAAUAUGGUCACAGGCACCAUUCACACCUACCCGGUGACUGAAGAUGAGAGUCUCCAGAGCUUAAAGGCCAGAAUCCAGCAGGACACCGGCAUUCCUGAGGAGGACCAGGAGCUGCUACAGGAGGCGGGCCUGGCCCUGAUCCCCGACAAGCCGGCCACACAGUGCAUCUCGGACGGCAAGUUGAAUGAAGGCCGCACACUGGACAUGGAUCUUGUUUUUCUUUUUGACAACAGCAAAGUCACCUAUGAGACUCAGAUAUCCCCACGGCCGCAACCUGAAAGUGUCAGCUAUAUUCUUCAAGAGCCCAAGAGAAGCCUGCCCUUCUUCCAGCUGCGGAGAGUGUGGGGCCAGGUCUGGCACAGUAUACAGGCCCUGAAGGAAGACUGCAGCCGGUUGCAGCAGGGACAGCGAGCCGCCAUGAUGAAUCUCCUCCGGAAUAACAGCUGUCUUUCUAAGAUGAAGAAUUCCAUGGCUUCCAUGUCUCAGCAGCUCAAGGCCAAAUUGGAUUUUUUUAAAACCAGCAUCCAGAUUGACCUGGAGAAGUAUAGUGAGCAAACCGAGUUUGGAAUCACAUCAGAUAAAUUGUUGCUUGCAUGGAGGGAAAUGGAACAGGCUGUGGAGCUCUGUGGGCGGGAGAAUGAAGUGAAGCACCUGGUGGAGCUGAUGAUGGCCCUGCAGACAGAUAUUGUGGACCUGCAGAGGAGCCCCAUGGGGAGGAAACAGGGAGGCACACUUGACGACCUAGAAGAGCAAGCCAGGGACCUUUACCGGAAGCUGAGGGAGAAGCCACGCGACCAACGAAGUGAAGGGGACAGUCAGGACAUGGUGCGGCUCCUGCUGCAGGCAAUCCAGAGCUUUGAGAAGAAAGUGCGGGUUAUUUAUACACAGCUCAGUAAGACUGUGGUCUGCAAGCAGAAGGCCCUGGAGCUGCUGCCCAAGGUGGAAGAGGUGGUCAGUUUAAUGAACGAGGAUGAGAAGACAGUCGUCCGGCUUCAGGAGAAGCGGCAGAAGGAGCUCUGGAAUCUCCUGAAGAUAGCUUGUAGCAAGGUCCGUGGGCCUGUCAGUGGAAGCCCUGAUAGCAUGAACGCUUCUCGCCUUAGUCAUCCAGGUCAGCUCCUGUCCCAGCCUUCUACAGCCCCCAGUAGCUUACCUGAGUCAGCCACGGAAAGUGAGGAGCUGGUGGCCCAAGCACAGACUCUCUGCGCACAGCUGGAAAAUGUGAUUCAGGAUGCCGUGAACCAGCAAGGCCAGAGUCUAAAGUCUUUAGACUGGAGCUGGUUACAGACUGAGGAGGAGGACCAGAACAGUCUCCAGCAGGCCUCUUGACUUGGAGUGACCCUGAUGCCCAGCACUGCUCUCCUUGGUGGUUCUUCCCAGAGCUACGUGUUGCUGUGACCUUCCCUACCAGCUGUGGACCGGGGUGUGGCGCUGUAACAAUCUGUCUUUCCACUGGACACCUCCAUCUCGAAGGCUGCCAGCAUGAGUGUUUAGGGAGACCAAGCUACAGCUGCUUCUUCCUCCACUCUGAAAAAUGUCUGCAACGUCUGGCUUGCCUCACAGACCACAGGACAAAUGUUUAACUUUUUGAGAACAAAAUACAGAUGUACCAGCUGGUGCCAGCCUGCCCUCUCCUGAGCCUUACUGAUCGCCAGAGGCCCCAAUCUACCUGUCUGGAACAACUUGUAUUCGAACAGGAUUGGCUUCUCUAAAUAGGCUUUUAAAUCAUAGAUGUGUUCUAGCCUGUCCUUUUUUCCUCUUUUUAUCUCACUGCUGCUAAAAAGAAAACCCUUUGACCUACGACUGUGGUAGUUCUCCUCCCUACAGGAAGACUGUAAGUGAAUGUUAAGCCUUCUGAAUUCUUUCAGCUUCACUGUAACUUGAAAAAGUCAGAAUGGGUGGCCAACCCCACCUCCCUUCUUUCAUCCCAGACAUGGAAGAGCCAGAGAGAUAACAAUGGACUGAACACAUGCUUUGCAUGCGAGAGACCCAGAUUCCAUCCCUGGCACCUCACAGUUCCUAAGCAGAGCCCAGAGUAGACCCUGAGCACUGCCAGGUGGGUCACUAAGACCAAAGAAAAGGAUGUGUCAGCCACUAGCCUGCUAACCUCUGUGCUCAAACCUACACUUGUUCAGCUGUCUCUGAUGUGGUGGUAAGUGGGGAUUGCCUGUCAUAUUAUCUAGCAGUAUUAUUAAAUUGAUUUAUUUUUAAAGAUAGUUGAUAUGUUUUGUUACAUGUCUCAAACACUAAUACAAGGCUCCACAAUAUAUUCUGCAAUGCCUAUGGUUAUGAAUUUGAAGCUAAAAAUUCUAUUAAUGAAGAAUUUAAGAACUGAAUAGUGCCCUGACCAAACAGUGCCAUAGGACUUGCACUGCUUUUUGAUCAUUCCAAAAACUACCC